AUGAAACUAGCUUUACUUGGAAAGAACAAAAUAGGAUUUAUUGAUGGAUCUGUGAAGAGAGAAGAUUAUCAAGGAUAUCUCGAGCGAUUGUGGGAUCGUUGCAAUGCAAUUGUAGUGUCAUGGUUAAUGGGAAAUGUAAGCAAAAAUCUGCUUAGUGGAAUAUUGUUCAAUUCAAAUGCACAUUACAUCUCGAAAGACUUGAAGGAGAGAUUUGACAAAGUGAAUAGUUCAAGAGCUUUUCACUUGCACAAAGAAAUUUCCACUCUCACACAAGGUGUUUGCCUAUUUCAAUGUAUUACUCGAGGAUCUAGGAUCUAUGGGAUCAGUAUGACUCAAUUGUACCACCACAAACAUUUCUUAAUGGGACUCAGUGAUAGCUACCAAGCUAGGAGCCAGAUACUCAUGAUGCAACAAACUCCUAAUGUGAAUCAAGUAUAUGCAAUGACUAACCAGGAUCAAGGCCAAAGAAUUGUUGCUGGAUCAAGUCAAAUGAUGCAAGAUAUCAUGGAGCCAUCUGCUAUGUUUAUAGCCAGGAAUGGAAAUGGGAAUGCAAGGCCAAAGAGACCUUAUAAUCCAAAUUUCUUAUGUGACUUUUGUCACAUGAAAGGUCAUAACUGGUCAUCUUCAAGAAAAUGCUACAAGCUUAUUGGUUAUCCUGAGGAUUUUAAAGGAAAGAAUAAGGCAAAUGCAGUGACUGAUGCAUGCUAUGUGACUGAUGGAACCAUACAGUUGCAUCUGCUGCAUGCUAUGAGAAUGUUACAGGCUAGCAGGAGUUGUACAAUCAGUCACAUAGCAUGCAGCAAAUGCAACUGUAUGGUUAAUAUGGCCAAACCUCUCAGCAUGUGGUUCAACCAUCUCAAUUUAUGGUUCCACAUUCUCCUUAUCAACAACCAGGAAUGUCUCAAGGAUAGGGCCAAUAUGCAAAACCAGGACCAAUUCAAUAUGCACCUAGCCAGAUGA